UUCUGUUAUGCUUUGCUUACUCCUAAAUUUCCAUUAUUAUUAUUAUUUUUUUCGAAAAACAAAAAACACAGAAAAAAAGCACCGGUUUUUUCUCUCUAAAACGUGCAUGUUCCUUCACUUGUGAACUUCGGACGAGAAAAGAUCAUCCCUUUCUCUCCCAUUUUCCCAUUUCCGAUCAAACCCUCUUUGCGUUUUCUCUUUCACAGAGGGAAUCGUGUUCCCACCCAUUUCAAAGUUUAUGGCGGCUCCACCAGCAAGGGCUCGCGCCGAUUAUGAUUACCUCAUAAAGCUUCUCUUGAUCGGCGACAGUGGUGUUGGAAAAAGUUGCCUCUUGUUGCGUUUCUCUGAUGGCUCUUUCACUACUAGUUUCAUCACAACUAUAGGUAUUGAUUUUAAGAUAAGGACCAUUGAGCUUGAUGGCAAACGGGUCAAGCUUCAAAUUUGGGAUACUGCAGGGCAGGAGCGGUUUCGUACAAUUACAACUGCUUACUAUCGUGGUGCUAUGGGCAUACUGCUAGUCUAUGAUGUUACAGAUGAAGCAUCAUUUAACAAUAUCAGGAAUUGGAUUCGCAACAUUGAGCAACAUGCUUCAGAUAAUGUUAACAAAAUACUGGUCGGGAACAAAGCUGACAUGGAUGAAAGCAAAAGGGCCGUGCCAACAUCUAAAGGUCAAGCACUGGCUGAUGAGUAUGGAAUCAAAUUCUUUGAAACUAGUGCAAAGACAAAUCUAAAUGUGGAGGAAGUUUUCUUCUCCAUUGCAAGAGAUAUAAAACAAAGGCUUGCUGAUACUGAUCACAAGGCAGAGCCAACAACACUCAAAAUCAACCAAGACUCUGCAGCAGGGGCUGGGGAGGCUGCUAAUAAAUCGUCUUGUUGUGGUUGAGAUCACAUUUUACAGAUUGGAAGCAACAUUAUUGUUCAAGAACAAGAAGUAAAGAAGAAAUUACUUGUAUGAUGUUCAUGAUGCUAAGUGCUUAACGGUUAACGGUUUUAAUGUGUCAUUCCUUAUGGAUUUUGCGUUUGAUAAGUAGUUUCUGACUUUUCAAGAAGUGUAUUGAAUCAAAAACUAGAUCUGAUUGUGGUUAAUGCAUGUCUAACUUUUACCAGUUUGAUUAAAAUACACAUUUUGAAUUUGUCCUUCA